AUGCCCCUCCUUCACGCGGGCUCCGCCCUGCUAGUACUGCUCCUAAUCCUCCCGCAGGUACACGCCUUUGGAGCUGGAAAUAUUGCUUCUAUCUCCGCCGUCGAAGGCAAGAACUGGCGCCAUGGUGAUAUCGAAGAUGUCCUCAAGACGCUGGCUUUCAUAUCCGGCCACAAAUGGACCUCCACCAUGAUGAAGCGCGUGUAUUUUGGUAACUGGUUGCGCGAUUACUCACAGGCAAUGGAUGUUGGGACUCUUAAAAAUCUGCAGGCCGAUACCAUCCGUGUUUUGGUGUGGGUCCUCUCGUUCCUGAGCUUCGGCUAUGCCACAGGUGAAUUUGAGGUCACUUCGGAUCGAUUGGGUGUUUACCGUCCUGAAGAACAUAUUGAUAACCCCAAGGACUAUGCCGACAAUGAAGAUGCACGCCAAUAUGACAAGCGUUUGCGCCCACCCGUUCGUGCUAUCGAGCUCGAGAUUGACCCGAGCACCGGUAUGAAGAACUACAUCGCCAACGAGAAAGGAGAUUGGGCUACCAGCUCUGCCUUUAUCAAAUUCAGUCUUAGUCGCAGUAUCCACUAUGGACGGACUUACACCAAUGGCGGACACAAUAAGGGCAGAGAGGAGGACCUGUGUGAAGCACUCCGGUGCCUGGGCCAGGGACUACACACGCUGGAGGAUUUCGCCGCACACACCAACUAUGUUGAACUGGCGUUGCGCGAGAUGGGUCUCAAGAAUGUGUUCCCGCAUACGGGUACUGGCACCCAGAUCAACCUUCAAGGACAUCGCGUUUUCCCGCUUGUGACGGGAACAUUUGGUAUGGUCGAUUUCUUUCAUUCUGUGAUGGGAGAAGCAAAUGAUCAUUUUGCUCAAUCCGAGAUCAACGAGAUGGAUAUUGCGCUUGGUGAUGCGGAAACGAGUGCGCAGUCAAAUAGCUCCCUUAAUGUUUUGACUGGGCUCUUGGGCAAGAUCCCCGGUACUAGGGAGCUCGUCAGCGAGGCCGAAGGUCUCAAAAGGUCGUCGGCGGCACAAGAAAUGGCUAACCGGAGCCGUAGUGCUGGAACCGGCUAUGCGCAGUCCGCUUCCAAUAGCCACGAACGGUCUCGUGCGGGGCCCACUCAAUCUUCUGGCGGGGGUUUGAAGCCUAAUUCUGGGCUCGAAGGUAUGCCUGAUUUCAACCCUCAGGAGACAGUCUCAAAGAUCUAUCCCAUCCUGGCCUUCCGAGACAAGGUGAUGCGGAGCUUGAACUCGAUCAUUGAGAAGAUCCCAGGCCUAGAGUCACUCGUCGAGAAGAUCUCCGAGACUCUGACCGUUGUCAUCAUGUCGCUCCUAGCACCUUUCAUUCGACCUCUAAUUAAGGCUGCUUCCAAAUCCAUUCAAAGUGGAUCAGCAGGUGUUAUUGAUGCCUCUGGCAAGCACCAGUAUGAACCGUGGACCGAUCCUCACUGCACAGACCCCACCCACUCCUUGCUCUCUAAGGAUCACUUUGCCAACAUUCUGAAUGAGCCUGCCGGACGGGUUGCCUCUGCAAUCGUGGAGUACAUCGCGCCUCGUAUUCUAUAUGCUUGGCAGCACAUCGAUGUCUCCGAGGACGAGGUCCUCAAUGACUGCCUGCAGGUCUUCCACCACCCAGCGGUGCGCAACAUGCGCAAUGAUGCCCAUCGUACAAUGUUCGAGGCCGUCGAGAAAUGGGUCCAUGCCCGCCCAGACCGCGGUGCUUCCCUUGACUCCAUCCUCAGCUCAGAGGGCGUGAGAUCCGGUCGUAACACCGGUGGAGUAAGCCACACUCACAAUGGUCCUCAUGGCGGAUUCGCGGCAUUGGGCGGUGCCUCGCACGGUAAACCCCAGAGUCAACACCAAAGCCAAAGCUACGGACACAGUAACAAUGGCGGACAUUCAUCCGGCGGAUUCUCCUCAUCCAUCCCCCAACAAAAUCAGCACCAAAAUCACCAACAACAAUCAACAAACAGCUCUUCUGGCAUGCCCUGGGACAAACUCUCCGGUAUCCCCGGCCUGUCUAACCUGAGCAAACUCGAAGGAAAAUUCUCCAACUUCCUCCCUGGCGGCUUGUCACGCAAUGAAAAUGGCCAAGGAGCCCAGCAGAACCAGCCCAGCUCAUAUCAGGACCACCAGGUAGGGGGUAGGCAUGAGGCCCCGCAACCCCACCCACAGCAGCAUGGAGGCUAUCACCAGCCUCAGCACGUACCUCAACAAAUUCACGGCUACCAGGGUAAUCAACAGCAUGAGCAGCAUUAUGGCGGCUCGCAGAAUCCUUCGUCCUAUAGACAGCAGGAUGACCAGUUUGGUCACCCGCAGCCGCACGGUGGCCACAAUGCCCCGCCACAUGCCACGGGCAUGGAUAUGGUCGCCCGGGUUACUGAGGAUUGGAAGAUAAAACGAAGUUAA